UCGAUCUCGAGAAGCCAUGUCGUCCAAGGGUUUGGUUGUGUUCGCUCUCCUCCUGCUCGCUGCUGCUUUCCUCGCCACCUCAGAGGCGGCCAACUCGCAGCCGACCUACCCUCCGGCCAACGGUGGCAGCGACGGCCAAGCGGGCGGAUCAUCAGCGGCUGGUGGCAACGGCAAAUCGGCCGGCUAUGUUGCGCCCUACUACCCAGGCCCGUGGUGGUGGCCAAACGGCGGCGGCUUCUACCCGCCGCCUCCGUUUAAUGGCGGCCCUGGCUGGUACGACCCGCAGUUCGGCGGCUGCCCAUUUGGGUGCUGUGGCUACGGGGCUUUCAACGAGUGCUUGCAGUGCUGUGCGCGUCCGUGGUUCCCCUUCUGGUGGUGGCCAUAAGGGGCACAGCACAUGCAUGUACUACGCACGGCAUGAAACCAGAGCACGGUGCAUGCAUGCUACCACCCGCUGUUGAACUACAUGUUCGUGAUGGAUGGAAAGUGUGUGUUUAUUUAAUUAAGAGUGGGGAGUGUCAAUGUACGUGUUGUUUGAUCGAUGUAUUGUGCAUGUUGUAUGUGUAACUCUUUAUUAUGGAAUAAAAAGGGGGUGGUGGGGGGUGUGCUUAAUUAGUACUACCUCUGUUUUUUAAUA